GCAACAUAUACGUACGUAGGCUAGUCACGGUUCGAUCCCUGGGUAACCGUGGUUCAUGCGGGUCAGGCAUGGCAUGGAUCAGGUUCGAUCCGUGAACCUGUCCUGCAGCAGAUGGAGCAGAGGUUCAGGGAUUGGAGCGCACCGAACCGCCCCCCUUGCAGGUAUAACUCUACCGGCACCAGGAGUCCUUGUUGACAGCGUGCGUGUCCUGACCCUGCCUGGCUUCCCAUCGGCGUCGUCUUGUCCAUUGCCUACAUCUUCCCUUCAACCAUGAGUGUCCAUGAGGUGGCUGAAGAUCCACUCGAGCAUGGCAGCAAGUGUUUGAAUGUACAGGUACGCCGAAGGACACAACACCAGUUCACCUCUGAACAUAUACAAGGUUGGCUUGGUGGUCUUGGUGAAUAUUGGUGUCAUAUAUGGACAACUUCUUUUCCUCUCUGCAAAACUGUGGCAUUUCGCAUGUCAGAUUAUCUUAUGCUAGGCCUUCCUUCUGCUGUUAUUUUUGUAACAUUUAUUUUCCAGUUUUGGCACAUUACUAUGAAGCUUUCUAGGUUUCAUGAAAUGUUUUGUGUAGUCUUUUCAUGAUGUACUCUGCCUAGAAAAAAUAUGAAACCUAGAAAACGAAUAAUUUUUGCUUGUUUUAAAAUUAUCUCUUUUAAUUAAUAAUGCAACUUUUAUGAUUUUUUGUAGGCCAAAAUAAAUAUUGAAAAAUUAUGAAAAUUGAUUUAUAGAUGUUUUAUGAUGAUAUCAACCUGUACAAAAUGUUUAAAUAAAACUAUCUCAAACAACAAAACGGAGUACACCAUUAGAAAGAGCUCGACGAGGUGAUUAAAUUGAUAUAUUUGGCGCUACGAAAAAAAAUAUAUCAAUUUCAUAAAUUUAAAAAGAAGUGCUGACAUCAUCACCAUAAACGGUGCCAUGCAUGGCCUACCAGAGGCGGCCAUGUGGCAGAACAGUGACAUGCAGCCGGUGUUAUUCUCGUAUUUGCAUGUUCAUGGAUCAAAGUGGCACGGAUCGACAAGUUCAGUGGGCACUUUUUCGCAUUUGCAAGUUCAUGGACCAAAGUGGCACGGGGCGACAAGUUAAAGGGCCGCCAGUGUAUUUUACUCUUUCAUUUAUGUAUAUCAAAUAAACAAUUGAUCUUAUCUAGAAAACUGGGAGGCUUUCUUGUAUAUAAUUUCAUGAAGUUGUGGGACGGCGAAAGAUUACCAUCGAUUAACAUUGUAAGCAUAUAUAGUCUCUAGCUA